AUGGAAGAAGCACCGAGACGGAGCAUGCGAGCUCUGCUUGAGAUGAACGAAGACGACGGCGACGAUGAUGUUGAGGCGGAGUUUGAAGACGUGGAGGUUUGGAAUACGCUGAGUAAUGGCUUCAAGCGUGCGCAGCUCGUUCUUGAUCAGAACCGUGAUUUGAUCCAACGCGUCAAUGAUAAUCACCGGUCUCGAAUCCCUGAUAACGUCGCCAGAAACGUUGGCUUGAUCAACGAAAUCAAUGGUAAUAUCUCGAGAGUUAUGGAGAUUUACUCUGAUUUAUCUGUCGAUUUCACCAAAUGUUUGAUUGAUCGGCGGAGGGCGACGGCCAAGAACGAUGGCACUACUCUACAACUACCACUACCGGUUCCUACAGCGGCGGAGGACGGAGCUCUUGUUGUUCCUGAGGAGAAAAAUCGCAUGUAA